CUAUUUCAGCUAUUUAUUCACGUCGAAGCUGCAUAUAAAAGGCGGGCGGUGAUGGUGCCAGAAGAAUACGCGUGUAGAGUUCACGAUCUGAAGAUGGCCGGGCUCGGUAAUAAUUCGCGUUCAAUCAUUGGAAAAUGCGUUCUUCUGAUGUUCCUAGUAGCUGUUCAAGUGACAGGAGAAGAGAACUGCAAUGAAGUAAAUUGUCCCGGUGAACUGAUUGUGAGAUAUUACAAGGGGAUUGGCUGUACUCCUAUUUACGCGAAUCCCAACGACUGUUGUGCGGAAGCAUACAAUUGCAGUCAUCUGAACAAUUUGUCACGGGAUAAAUGCUAUGUGAAUGGCAACGAAUACAGUGUCGGAGAGACGUUGAGACCUGAGGAUAGCAAUCCUUGCGACAGGAAUUGCACAUGUACGAUGUUCAGAGAUACUGCCUUUUUCCAAUGCGAGAGAUUAAACGAUUGUAAUAGUACUGAGGCAAAGGGUUGUUUGUACAGAAGAACACAUGGUCUUUGUUGCGAAGAUUCAUUUUGCGAUAUGGAAGAAACAGAUAAUACAACUUGUACCGUUGACGGUAAAGUUUAUGAGGCCGGGGAGUUCUUCUAUCCAAACGCUAAUCCAAAGUUGUUGUGUCUCUGCAUGGAGGGAUACACAGGUGAGAAUAUCGAGCCUUACUGUCAGCAAUUGAACCGUGAUCCGUGCUCUGCUCUGUUCACGGGUGCUGCUGCCCAAGUUCAUGACAAGUGGUUACCUCUGUUUCUUAUAUUACCAACAUAUCAUUGCUAUCAACCUGUAUAUACGGGCCCGGACUUAAAGAACGUCGAUAUCGAGGAAUUUAACAACGUUAUGUCGGUUUCUGCGGGAGAAACCAAAACGUGCCGAUUUUAUAAUGAUACGAAGCGCGUAGGUGAGGAAUUUGAGCCAGAACCGGUCGACAUGUGGACGGUCGACUUGAAAUGUAAAUGCGAGGUGCCUCCAUUUGUAACGUGUCAGAGGUCAAUGGCAGUGCCAGUAGAUGAUGGAAGUCGAGAGAAUUUUUAAACGUAAACUAUCCAUCUAACUGCUUUAGUUCUGGAACAUGUUAUUGUUAUCUGACUAAUUUUUGAAAGCUAUCGCGAUUAAAUAAUUUGUUGAUUUUAUGAUGUAAAAUAAAAUACAUUAGUAAGUUAAAAAAUUAGAACGUUUCAAUAAUUAGUAGAAUAGCUCGUAAAUCGAUAUAAUCUACCAGAAGCUAUAUUUGUAUUUUACUAAAUCGUAGCAGUUGAAAUUUUUUAAAUACACUUUGUUACUGAAAGAAAGGAACGUGUGGCAUUUGGUAAUAAAUUGCUUUCUUUAUUAAA